GGGAAGGUGUCCUACAAGGCAGGGUAAUUCCGGGCUGAGCCGGUGACCAGAUGGCGCUGGCCAUCAACAAGGGAGACUCGACCCCCACCCGGGAGGUGGACCGGAGGCUGUGCCGGGGAGAGGAGCCCAGCCUCCUCCCCCCUCACCCCGGGAGAAGGGGGCGAUGAGUAGCGCCGGCUCCGAGAGGCAGCAGCCCCGAGGCCUGAUCAGGGACAUCGAGCUGCAUGUGCUCGAGUGUAAGGUGUGCUUCGAGAGGUUCGGCAGCAACCCGGGCCGCCGGCCGUGCGGCCUACCGUGCGGCCACGCCGUGUGCUGGCCCUGCGCCUGGGCCUUGUCCCGCACCGCGACCGCGCCCGGGGGGCAGCUCGAGUGCCCGUUCUGCCGCUGGAGCGGGCCCGUGUCCCGGGCCGCUGACUGCCUCCCCCUGCUGCAGCUGGCCGAGCUGGUGUCCGCCGCGGCGGCGGGGGCGGGGGCCGCCCAGCCCCUCAGGCCCGGGGAGUGCCCGGCGGAGCUCCGCUCCGUGUUCGGGGGCUGGGGUGAGCUGCUCAACCCCCGGGGCCUGGCGGUCUGCUCUCACUCCGGGGCCCUGGCUGUGGUCCAGGACGGCGAGCAGUGGCUGCGGCUCCUGGAGCGGAGCGGGGGCCCGCUGCCGGGUCCGGGUCCAGGCCCCGGCCCCAGUGCGGACGAGCCGCCCAUCUACCCGCUGGACGUGGCGGUGGCCGGUGGCGGGCGGCUGCUGGCGGUGACGGACGCCGGGGACAGGUCGGUGAAGGUGUUCGCCCGCGGGCCGGGCGGCCGCCUCCAGCUGCUGUUGACUGAAGGCGGUUUCGGCCUCCCCUGGGGCCUGGACAGCGGCUCGGAGCCCGAGCGCUUGGCGCUGACCGACUGGGCCCGGGGCUCGCUGCUGCUGCUCGAGCUGCAGCCGCCCGGCGGGAGAGCGUCCCUCCGGCGGGAGAGAGUCUGUCACGGGCUCUGCCACCCCCGGGAGGUGGCGGUCAGCCGGCAGGACGGCUGCAUCCACGUCGUGGAGCAUCCCGGGCCCAGGGGUGGGGGCCGGCGCCUGAAGACCUUCAACAGCCGGGGGCAGCUGCUCCGUCAGGUGGACGGCCUGGGCCGGAGCCCCGGUGCCGGCCUCGGCAUCUCCGGUAUCGCCGUGGACGGGCAAGGCAACGUGCUGCUCGCCGACGGGGACAGCGGCACCGUGCUGUGGAUGGGCGGCCCGGACAAGCGGCAAGGCCGCAGCCUCAUCGAGCGGGGCCUAGUCAGGCCUGUGGCCUUGGCCUGGGCUGAUGGUCACACCCUGAUGGUGCUGGACGCUGGAGAUCACACCCUGAAAGUGUACACGGUCCAUUAAAGACACCGCAAUAAACAUCUCCUCACCGACAUCCCAUCACUGUCACUGCAAAACCUCCCAAUCACAAAGCACUUUGCAACCACGAGAAACACUGGGAAUUAAAUUCAACUUUUAUUAGGGAGCUGCUAUUGCAAAUACUAUGAUUCUGCAUACUUUAUAAAAAGAACAAACUUUGCUGGAAUUCGAGCAACAAAAGUGAAUUAAAUUAUGUCAUUUUAAAUAUUAUUAUAUUAUAACUUAUGCCCUUUAAAGAUCAUUAUAAAUUAUGUCGUUUAAAGAGAAGACUGAGAACUGUUAAGUGUAAGCUAUUUUUUUUCCUGAUUAAACAUAAAAUAUCCUUUA